UUCAUUUUCUUUGCAGCUCUCGAUCAAUUUCCGUUUGGCUUCCCGAAAAGGAGAACGCCAAAAAACCCAGAAUGUUCUCUGCAUCAAAAUCAAAAGCUUUUAGCUUCGCAUGAACAUUGACAACAAGAACAAACAAUAAGAAGUCCAUUUUGAUUUAUUCACAAAUUUGAUCAAAAUCUCUCUGCAUAGAUCAAAGAAUGGAUGAUACUUGUGCUGUUUGUGCUGAUACCCUUGAGUGGGUUGCUUAUGGACCAUGUCUCCAUAAAGAAGUCUGCUCUACUUGCAUCAUUCGUCUUCGUUUCAUUUGCAAUGAUUUCUGUUGCUGCAUUUGCAAAUCAGAAUCCAACACCAUCUUUGUCACUAAGGCAUUAGGGGAUUAUACAAGGAUGAUAAGUGACUUCAAGGGUUUAGGAGAAGUUAAUGGAAGUGAGGGUAAAGCAGGGGAGUAUUGGUAUCAUGAAGGGACAAAAGCUUAUUUUGAUGAUUCUGAUCAUUAUAAGAUGAUCAAAGCUAUGUGCAAGUUAUCAUGCAAUGUUUGCAACAAGAAGAAUGGAGGGUCAAAGGAGUUUAAUAGCGUUGAGCAAUUGAAGGCUCAUUUGUUUCACAGGCAUAGCCUGUUUAUGUGCAGUCUGUGUUUGGAAGGUAGGAAGAUAUUUAUAAGUGAGCAGAAGUUAUAUAAUAGAGCACAAUUGACUCAACAUGUGAGGACGGGUGACUCAGUGGUUGAUGGCAAUGAAAGCGAAAGAGGUGGAUUUACAGGACAUCCUAUGUGUGAGUUCUGUGAGAAUCCUUUUUAUGGAGAUAAUGAGCUUUACCUGCACAUGUCCACUGAUCAUUUUACUUGCCACAUAUGCCAAAGGCAGCAUCCUGGACAAUAUGAGUACUUUAACAAUUAUGAUAACUUGGAGGUUGAUUAUAUUUUGUUUGCACAUUUCUUAGUCACUUGCUUUUUACUGUAUGUCAUGGUUACUCUUAGUUUUUUAAUUAACAUCCGAGACUUUAUGUCUCAGAUCCAUUUUCGCCAAGAGCAUUACUUAUGCGAGGAUGAGGCUUGCCUUGCAAGAAAGUUUAUUGUUUUUGCAACUGAAUUUGAAUUGAAGAGGCAUAAUGCCAUGGAACAUGGAGGGCGCAUGUCUCGUUCUAAGCGUAGUGCUCUACUUCAGAUACCUGUGAGUUUCCAGUUUCGGCAAAUUAAUGAACAUGAUCGGCGUGGUGGUGGUCGUGGUAGUCAUUCAAAUUCGUCAGGCUAUCAAAUGAACAUGGCCAUUGAAGAUAGUUUUGAGACUGCCAAUGCUGAAAGGUCUUGCAAUAUUUCAUUAAAUGCGCAAACAGUUUCUGCUCAUAGAGAGGAACAUGAAAUUGAUAUGAUUGUUAACCCUUUUGAGUCAUUAGCCACCACAGAUUCUGAGCCGCCUUCAAGAUAUCAUCAUGUUUUAGGAUGGAACACUAGCAGAGCACCAAUGGAAGAAACAUCCUUUCCCCCACUUCCUUUGGCUCCAAGAAGCAGCCAACGGAGAUCCAGAAAUGGUUCAGGAGGGUUGAGUGGGAAUACAAUGGCUGCUCACCUCAGCCGCCAAAACAUGGUAAAAGUUCUUAGUUCUUCUCGGGCUUUGCCAGCAGCAAACAAUCUUCCUAACUCAUUAGCUAGUAUUUCGUACCAGUCAAGACCUGUGUCAGAUUCUAGGGUUUUCUCUUCAUCCAGAUCUCUGAGUUCAUCUGUUCUAUCUACUUACACGAGCUCUCCUCAGGCUGGGUCAUCAAGGGCUAAUGAACUUCUUGUAUCUUCUAAUUCUGCAAGUUCAUCAAGGACUUCAAAUAGUAACAGCAAGGUCAGCCAAGCUAGCGAUGCUUCAAAUCCUGCAGACAGGACUUCUCACAAAUCUCUUUCAAGUGUUCCCCCUCUGUCUGCCACUCAAGCAGACAAUAUGUCUACAAGUGCCUCACCUAUGCUGAAGGUUAAGGAUGUUCAAUCUGCUAAUAAGGCUCUAGUGGAGAAAAUUCAUGCUGCUUUGGAAUUUGACAAGGACAAAUUCGCUGCAUUCAAGAUAAUAUCCAGAGAGUAUCACCGAGAUAUAAUUGAUGUUGCAGAGUAUCUUGCCUAUGUGCAUCAAUUUGGCCUGUCACAUCUUGUCCUAGAGCUGGCUAGACUUUGUCCCAAAGCUGAGAAGCAAAGAGAGCUUACUGAGAUUUAUAAUUUCAAUGUGGGGGGGAAUGGUUUGGGCAUUGACAAUGGUCCAUCCAAAAGCAAGAAAUGUUCAAAGAAAGGCAAAGAGAAGUGUGAUGAUAAUGUUAUCAGUGGCUCUGAGAACGUUUUUUCAGAUAGUCUUAGGGUGGAGAUCUUACCAAAGGAUGGGGAUUGUGGUGGAAAAGGCAAAUCAAAGAUUUUGGUUGACAAACAAGCUAACUUGGAUUUGUCAAGGGAGCCAAAGAGUGAACACGCUGCUCAGGCAGCUGGUGUCAGCUUGAAGAAGAAUGUGGGGGCUGGGGGAGGAGGGAAGAAUAAACCUCGGAAAAAAACCAUGAAGUUCCUGAAGAACCGUCUCGGGGGUACUUCCACUGCCUCACUGCCAGAUGCUAGUAAUUCUGAUGCUGGUAUUGAUGAAAAAGAAGAGAAAGCAGAUGUGAACAAAGAUAUAGCUGUGGUGUUGCCAGUUCAUGGAGUUUGGAAAAAUGGGGGAGGCCGAAAGCUUUUGGUGAUGACCCAAAACAACCGCAAAUGAUGAACUUACAUGAAGGCUUGGUGGAAGUGCUAGUUUGUGAGUAUAGAAAGAGCCAGCACCAGACUUACUUUGUAUCUUUUUGCGUGGAUAUUAGGGCUUGUUGCUACUAGGCAUACAUAUUGUCAGUACAUUAGAUGAUCAGAGGUCUAUCUCCCUCAAAAAUUAACCAGGAAUGUUUCAAGCUUUUGGAACUUUAACUGUUUUGUUUUAGGAAAAUGGCAGAAAACUUGGUUCCUUUUUCCUUUGCCAAAAUACUACUUUUUGAGUACAAUUUGGUUGAGUUGGAAAUAUCAUAUUAAUAUACUAUUCUGCGCGUGGAAGUUCAAAAA